UGCUUUUGUAGUAUACGAUGGUCUUUUACUCUAGUACAUUUGCCGAUCAAAUCGAUUACCAAGAUUCUUUUGCUUUCGUACGCGUUCAACAGUUAAGUUGAUAAGGGUUAAGCUGGGUUAUGGUCAUCACAACCCGUUGAUCACUAGCCGCGGCAUGUCGAAAAGAGUUGUUGUAGCGGGACCGGCCGGAUAAAGAAUCACACAUAACUAUACUAAAUUGAGCGCCGCAUAGAUGAAUAUAUUUUGCUUCAUCCGCAUUUUAGAAAGAUUGUUUUUGUUGUAAUAGCCCGUAAAUAGGAUCAGUUUACUGUUAAAGGUAAUAAAUAUAUGAAAUCAAAACACAAGGAAUGUGCUGGCCGGUACGAGUUAAGGCAAAGACUGAUCAGAUCACCAAAAAUAUCGAUCGAGUGGCCUUGAGCAAAACUCGCAACAUCUAUGUUAACUUUACGUUAACUAAAUGACCAUACUUUGUUGCCGUCAUCUAGAUAUUUCCUCGGAAUAUGAUUUCGUUCUUUAAGUCAAGAUCAAAGGCAGCUGUAAUGUACGUGGUGAAUUCGUACCUCCACGUGCUAAAGAACAUCGAUUCAAGCUGGGGGGACUCGACCAGUUCAACAGCAUCACGAAGCAGCUCACGAUCAAAACGAAGAAGGUCGCGCAAUUCAUCCCGUUCGUCGCAAAACUCACACAGAGGCAGUCACACGUAUGGAAGCAGCUCAGAGAGUGGGCUAUACAGCGAAGAACUGGUCAAUUCUGGUUACUUUGGAGACGACGAGGUUGACCGGUGUCGAUGCCCAAAAUGUCUCAGUGAAGCACAAACGAGAAAACCCAUGAACGACUUCGCCGCGGAUUAUGACAUCAUCACUGUCGACUUGAGCGCGUGUUCAACACCUAUGCUAGAAACGAGCUAUGUUCCUCCGGUAAAACUGACAAAUUUUGAUGAAUAUAUUAUCAUUCCUUCGUCUAAAGAGGAGUUCUUGGCUGGAGGGUUAGAUCAUAGCACUCCAAUUCAAGAAAAAGAAACUAAUGGCUUUGACACCAGCGUGGAGUCGCCAGCUGCGGAGUCGCGUAGCGGCGUUGACAUCCAAAACAAGUUCGAUUCACACUGUUCGUGCAAAGUACUGGAGGAGGUAGAGGACAGCGGAGGCACAUGUACACCACCAAGACCUGUUGCUUUACAACGGGUGCCAAGUAAUGGUGGAAGUUGCUGGUGGAGGGAAAACAUUGUCUGGCAGCUACAACAACGGAACGACGCGCAAACCAAACCGUUUUUAGAGCUGCAAUCCGACACGCAAAGAUGCCGCGCUAGAGUUAAAAUCAAUAAAGAACUCGCGGAUUAUUUGAAUAAGUACGCUGAAUUCCGACCCCACGCGGAGGCUGCGAGUAAGAACGCCUUGAUAAAUAUGGAGGUUGACCCUCUUGAUAGAUCUGAACUGGUUCUAGCUAUUAGGAAUCAAAAGACAUCCCAUAACGAAAGGGAAGAAGAUGUUUGUGUGAGGUCAGACAGCAUCGCGCAUUUAGCGUCAACUUACCUGAAACGACAGAGAACCAUGACAGAAGAGAAGCUCACGGAAAGCGAAGGAUCUUACUCUCCCGGAUGUGCAAGGUCCAGGAUGAGCAAUCGCGCGGGAAAACGCGCCAGGGUUCCCAGUAGAAAAUGGCGCGAAAGCAUCGUGAAUCAGCUGGAGAUGAGGAACUUUUUAGAGUGCAAGUAUUUCACGGACGCUAUAGUGCGGCGAACAAUGUCUCAGUUGAGUAUUUCCGAAAAUCUGCCCUUAUCCUGCCGUGGUGCGGACGAGUAUGACAUCAUUACUGACGAUGAAGUGAGUAGCCUGGACUCCAGGAGUACUCUUAUGAACUCGACGUCACUGUCUCAAGGUUACUACAGUUCACCAUUCAGCAGUCGUUUCUUUAGCCUCAAACGCGGCAAGCGCAAAUAGGGUCCAGACUCCGGUUAUUCAGUUUGAGUUAACGGAACUUUCUCUUCGCGCGACUUGGAAUGAAUUAAGACGGGGAGGUAAAUAGGCCACUUCCGAGUUGCCUUUUGCCUCUUUGUCAAGACGAGUCUUUAGGCGAAACCAUUGUGAAACAGAGAGGUACAAGGUAACUCCUAACUGGCCUAUUUAUUUGCUCAGACUGCAUUAAUUCAGUGUCAAAUUAACACAAAUCCUGGACUCGGUAAAAUUUUAAUUUAAUUCAGUCCCUUUGUUUGCACUUAAUGCUUUUAAAACGAAGUAAACAAACAUUAUUUUCUCUCAUUUAAGUGAAAAGAAAAACUUCAAGAUUAUACUUAUUUUGGAUUGUUAAUUUAAUCCUGCAUGGAACAUUUGGAUGAAAUUUGAUAGAAAAAGUUCAAGAUUUAACAAGUUCUUAAAGAACUGAGUGCAGAGUAAAUAUUUUAACUGUAAAUCCUUCCCACCCUAGUUCCAAAAAAAUAUCAGACAGCAUUCUGAAGAGAAAACAUCCUUCUGAAUCUAGACGAUCUUAAAACGAAGAGCUUAAAAUUUUAUGUAGAUAAUAUAUUAAUAUCUAUUAUUGUUUUAUGGAGUGAAGUUUGACAAACAAAUGCUGGGGAUGUUUUAAAAAGAAUUUUUUAUCUGUAAAAGAUUGGUAAUAUAUUAAUAAAAAUUUUAAAACGAUGCACAGCACAGACUGAGAACUAAAAAUUCUGCUGUUCUUUCCCCGCGACUUUGCUAGGGAGCGUUGCUUGGUAACGUGGCUGGCACCAGAAGAACGUGAUCCAUCGCGUGAUCCCAAGAUUUCUACUAUUGUUAAAAGGUAUUUUUUCUCGGGGUUUUGACCUAACAUAUUGCAAACCGUGGUCAAACUACUUUCAACAACAAGGUUAUACGCACUGAUCAUGAGUCGGCUAUUUCGAUGCGAGGUCGAGGAAAAGAACUGUCACAAAUAGUUCCUGUAAUAUCAUUGUUGAAAAUUUUAGGGAUAUUCCAAACUUUCUCCGUGAUCCGAUGCCUACUGACCGAGUAGUUAAAACGCGCUGCAGAAGAGAGCAAACCAAGCAAUACUGAUGUAGAGAGUGAGGAAAAUUCUUACGCGGUGGGUUAUAAUGCCCAGGGAGGUGGGGAUUGGGGAAGAGCUU